CGGCCAUGUGCGUUUGUGAAUUGUUGAUAUCCGUCAACUUUAGUUUCCGUGUUGGUGAUUGUGAAAAAUGGAACCAGAUCUCGCCGAGCUGCUCGAGAGUUGUGGCCUGUCCCAUCUUCGACAGAAAAUCGAAGAGGAACGAUUUGAUUGGGAAACCCUGAAAUGUUUGGACAUCACUACAGUGGCUUGUCUCACCCCUUUCGGGGGUGAGCAAUGCAAACUUCUGCAGAAAAUUGCGGAGUACAAGAGGAGAACUGUUGAAGUCUCUGCCAUCGGCUCCCCGCCUUCGUCAGAUCUAACGACAAAUUCUUCUGCUUUGGUACACUCCCAAUCAAGUGGGUCGACCUCUUCGUGUGCGUCGACCUCAUCGACUGCGUCGCCUCUGGCUUCUACUUCAUCUACCUCGUCGAGUAAACGACCUUCGUCAAGUAAUGCAACUAGCGGCGCAGCAAAGCGUUAUCUCACAGCCAUCGAUUACGUCCAGAAGUUUGAAAAAUAUGACCUCAGAAAGGCUUUAGAAACUGACGCUUUGUGUAAGCAUAUUUUGUUGGCUUACCAAUCCGAGGUGGAGAACUACAACGAGGACGAUGUUGAUGCAGUGCCUCCCGUCCUCAGUGAUUUCCAAAGAGACAAACUAACUGCUUUGAUUGGGACGUUUAUUCGGUCAGUAACUAUUUAUCCAGACCAUAAAUUGUACCCUAUAUUUACCAGGAAGAUUAAGGAAGUUUUUCCAUUUGAGAGUGAGGUAACAUUACAUUAUUUUUGUUGUGUUGGUGAUAUAAAGGAAGCCGUUGAGAAGAGGAGAGCACAGAUGAUAUCUGGUGGUAAAGGCGCACCAUUGAUAGUUGUUGUGGACCAAGAAAAAUCACAAAGUGCCUGCGUGUCGGUGGCUAAACUCCUUUACAAGGUUGAAAGUGUGCUCCAUGCGCUGGACUUGUGCUUCAAGAGCUUCUUUGCCCUCCACAUCGCGUAUCCAGAUGAGAGCAAACACAUUUGGAUUGUGCUCCAAAGGGCCAUUUAUGGCUUCACGACAGAAUGGGACCCUGAAGUUAUUCAAAGCAGUUGGAUCCAGGCUUACGCGUAG